CGAGCCUUGACGACUUCUCGGGGAAAACACCUUGAUAAAGAGGAUGCACACGGAUAUAAAUUGCUGAGCAAAUCGCCCUUCAGUACUGCAGACCGACCCACUACCUGUCAUGGCUCGUCACACUAGGUCCCGCGGCUCCAGAAAGUCCUUACCCCAACGUCAAGGACUCCCUGUAUUGGUAAGGCGGCCUUCGCAAGCCUCCAUAGACAGCCUGUGCCACCCUCGGCUUCCUGUACGCUAUCUCCAUGCAGGGUUGAAAAUGAACCCCCAGAUGUGCUGCAAGACACAAAGAAUGAUUAGAGAAUUAGCUCUUCGUCACAUCGAUUUUUCGAUACCAUAUCCGGAGCAGCCUCAAUCAAAAUUAGAUUUCUUCAAGAGAGAGGUUCUACUUGACGUAGAGCUGUCGCACCUGAUGCGCUAUGAAGACGCGUGGGCAGUGGAAGUGUUCCUUGGCAUGAUGUACCGUCGCCCAAGAAUUAUGAGAAAUCUCCAGACUCCGAGCUACAAGUUACACAGCCCGACCGUCAGAGACAAUCAAACGUUCCCUCUAUCAACUUGGCUACUCAGCCUGAAGAUGUACAGCAUGAAUGUCCGAGUCAAAUGUCACUCACCGUUUGCUCUGGCAACCACAAUUCUCAGCCUGAGGAUGUACAGCAUGACCGUCCACAUCAAAUAUCACUCACCAUGUUCUCUGACGAUCAGGAUACUCAACCCGAAGAUCAUGACCUUGUUUGUUUUGAUUAUCAGACCACUCAGCCUAAGGAUAAUCAAGUGAACACGGUUCGAAACGGUGGUGCCUCAGACACCACGUCAUGUCUGGCUCUGUUGUCAACCCUCCUGGCUUCAAUGCCAGGCUUGCACCGUUUCCAUGCGAUAAUCACCGAGGCUGGCUUGUCCACUGACGAGCAUGUGCACCAUUUCUUCCAGAUGUCAUCUGCCGGGAGGGAGAGAUUCAUCACGCA